AUGCGCAGAUAUUCUGGCAACACGGCCCAAGGCGGCGGCCAUCGCACCCUACUGUACGGACACGCUGUCCUGCUGAGACACUCCUACAGUGGGAUGUACCUGUGCUGUCUGUCCACCUCGCGCUCAUCCACCGAUAAACUGGCUUUUGACGUUGGACUGCAGGAAGAUACAACAGGCGAGGCAUGCUGGUGGACCAUCCAUCCAGCAUCAAAGCAGCGGUCAGAGGGGGAGAAGGUCAGAGUGGGGGAUGAUCUCAUCCUGGUCAGCGUGUCCUCUGAAAGAUAUCUGCAUCUGUCCUACGGUAACGGCAGCCUCCAUGUAGACGCAGCGUUCCAGCAGACAUUAUGGAGUGUGGCUCCCAUCUGUUCUGGCAGUGAAGUAGCACAAGGUUUUUUGAUAGGAGGGGACGUCCUGCGCCUCCUUCACGGUCACAUGGACGAGUGUCUAACUGUUCCGUCUGGGGAACAUGGGGACGAGCAGAGGAGGACAGUGCACUAUGAGGGGGGAGCAGUGUCUACUCAUGCCAGGUCCCUGUGGAGGCUGGAGACACUGCGGGUGGUGUAA